AUGUUCGUUUAUUGUAUACUUGGGCUAUGGUGGCUGAUAAAGAACCCAUCCAAGUACGGUGCCAGAACAGAGAUUGUGGUAAACUUUGGGAACGAAAUUGUAAGCGAUACGGCAGCACAAGGCGUAACUGAUACGUACGCUCUGGGCUAUGCAUUCCAGAAAGCUUGGAAUGGAAUAAGAGACGAGAUUAAUGAGAGUGGUUGGAUUAAUGCGAACACGUUUGAACAGAUGUCCAAGAUACAACAAGUCCUGCGCUGGUUGAAGGAGAAGAAGGGUACCACGGAGAACCGAGAUUCAAAGGCUGACAUGGAAGAGAGGGCCGCACUUUGCCCUACCCGGAGACAACUCCCACCUGUCCCAGCCACUGGCCGUCAUAGCACUCUGAUCAGCCAAAACGUGUAUGAGGAAAUUCCAGACGAUAAAAUAUAUUACGUCAGGACAAAAUUCCCUUAUGCGUAUAUUGAAUCUCAAAAUCUGUCCAAGAAACAAAAUCCUCUAUAUAGAAGCCAAGACAAUAUUGAGCCUGACAUCAUCAGGGACGCUGAGAAGUCAGGGCCUGAUUAUAGAGAUCACCCGCUUCUGUUUCAAUGGUGCCCACGAUGUAAAAUACAGUGGUUUGGCGACUUCCAACUUUGUUUAAAAUGUGGUGGUGAAAAUGAGCCAUUGAAUCAUUAUGAAGGUGACCGGGUGCGGCACAUGUACGAAUGCAUUCCGUACGAGGUCAGUCACGUGACUCCUUUAGAUGGCGCCACUGGAGGUGAUUCAGCAGACGGCAGGGUGUCGUAUCUGCAACUCCCGGAGGAUGAAUUAUUUCAAAGUAGUGAUUUUCAAUAUCAGUUUGCCAGAGAUAGGAUAGCGUAUAAUAUGCUACUAGGGGUCAAUGAGGACACAAGGCCGCCACUUGUAGGGGAUUCGAGGGCAAGUUACCCUCAAGCCGAUGGUUAUGAUCACGCCAUGUUAAAACCUAAACAUAAAUCCCAACCUCUUAGACACCAAGGAUUAUCUUUCAAAAACAAACCUCACUUAAAAGCUUUCCAACCCCUUAUGGAAACAACAAACAGCGGUAGUCAUGGUAACGGUGGUUACUGGGAGCUGGAUUCUUGCACCCCUCCCGCAAGUCCGGGUGGAUAUUUGAUCCCAGCACAGAGUAAAACUAACAUACCACAGUGUCAGGAUUCUAGCUUUAAUAGCAAACCCGAUCACCGUCUUACCGAGUCAUCCACUGAUCUAAACAAUUUCACAUUCGUGGCCCCACGUGCAACUAGGUGCAAAUCAACACCAAAUUUCCACAACCGAAGUAGCGUGGUCAAGGGUGAGAAUGGACGCAUAAGUAUGGGGAAUAUAAACAUGAGUUAUCACGAAAUGGACCCCGAGGAUCGGCUAUCCUGUAGGGCCACAAAUUUUAAACUUAAUAAACCACUAGCUAAGCCAAAAGUGACAAUUGAUAACAUCAAAUCGGAUGAAUACGAUGAAUAUGAUUAUAACGGAGGAUCAGGCGACAGCUCGAGAGCUCUAAAUAAAACACUAGAGUAUCUCCUCCAGAGAAACUUUGACAGACUUAUCUGAACGAUACAUAUCCGCCACGCUUUGACGCAUUUUCUGUAAAUCAACGCUUCUAAGGGCAUUCAAUGUUAGCUGUACGUUUAACGUCCCUUCAUUUUCCUCAAAGAAUGAGACAUUUUCUUUAUAUUUAUGAUCUAGAAUCAUAUUAAACAGAAUUCCUGGUUUAAAACAAUUUUAUCUCUGCUAUCAUAUUGUUUUUAUUAAAUCGUUUACUCGAACGCAAAGGGCGUGUUCCAUCAUAACACACAAGAAACCCAUUAUGGCAUAUAUAAUACAUGUUUCUUGUUAAAUGCGUACCGU